AUUCAAACACUGAUAGAUCAAAUUGAAAGGCUACCUUCAUCAACCAACAUCACCCGUUCAUCCAAACAAACCCUCUCCAAAUUAGCCCUCUCUGAACUCAACUUUCUCUCUCGCUCUUCCGUCACUCUUCCCCUCAGUGUUAACAUCGGUCACCUUGAGGCUGUGCUUUAUGUGCUUCAACACCCUCUUAUAAGUGGGGUUUCACGUGUUUGCAAGCCAAUAAAAAGUGGAUUUAAAUAUGUUCAUGUUGAUUUAGUUUGUACAUUUGAUAAAAUCCCAGUUUGGAUUCUUGUUUCUGAUAGAAAUCCUAAGUAUGUUAGUUGGAAUGAAUAUCAUAAGAGUAAGGGUUUGAAGUCGAGAGUUGAGGAAGUCUUGGCUGCGGCCAGGUCUUGUGGGACUUUGAGACCUAGAAAGGUAAUUCUUUUCUUUAGUCAUGGAGUUGGGGACUUUGUUCGUGAUCACCUUCGAGGUGAAUUUGGCGCUUUGGAGAUUAGCUUGUUUGAGUUUGAUUCUUGUGAGGAAGAAGAAGAUGCGUGGGUGCAUGUGCUUUCGAGAUCAUUUCAUGAGGCGUGUGUUUUUGAAAUAAAUGUUGAUUUCAGUGGGAAUGAUGUUUCAAGUUCAGAAUGUGGUGUUAAAGACGCGACUUUUGAUACUAAAGGGUCUAAUGUUAGAGAGGAGAUUGCAAGCUUGAAUUUGGGUGGUAGUUUCGGUUCUCUUGUAUCACAAAUGAAAUUAUGUUCUAUGGGUGAACCGGAUCAUUUGCUGAGUGAGGGUGAUCUUGUAAACUUUGAUACGACAGCUUUGAUUGCUCUUGUAUCAGGAAUCAGUAAUGGUUGUGCAGAGAAACUUUUGGCUACAUCAGAGAUUGAACUGAGGCAGCGAUUUAAGGGCAAUGUUCAGUUUGUGAUUGCACAGGCUAUGUCAGAACUUCAGAAUCCAAUUUGUGAGGAAUUGGGUGGUGUAUUAGCGGGAAAGAGAGGCAUAAUAUGUGAAAGUGUGCUUUCUGAAUUCAAGGAGUUGGUCUUGAUGUGUGGAGGGCCUAAUGAAAAGUUGAGAUCUAAUCAGUUAUUGAAAUACUUCAUUGUUGUGAAUGAUAGUCCUUCUGAGCGUCUGAUGUGGCUUCCAACCACUAGAAAGCUGGCACUGAAGAACAAGGUUGUUUUUGGAACUGGUGAUUGCUGGCACGCACCAACUUUGACUGCGAAUAUGGCAUUUGUAAGAGCAGUUUCACAGACUGGGAUGUCUCUUUCUACCAUUGAGCAUAGACCACGGGCUUUAACUGGUGAUUAGCCAUAUAUAUACUAUGGGGACUGUACAACAAGGAGGUUUUAUAUGCAGGGCCAUUAGAGGUAACAAAAUCCCUUAUAUGAACUUGAUAUUUUGCAUGUACCAGCUUAUUGAAUGUACACCAAUUGUAGCCAAAUUACGCUUCAUACUUGCUCAUGUUCUGCUACCCAGUUUCGCUCAUUGUCAUAACUAUAUAGUUCAUCUUAAAGUGGAUUAUUUUUGCAAUUUCCUGCUCUAAAAGAUAUUAAUAAUUGGAACCAGGUUGUGCCUGAUGUUCCUUAAGAAUGCCUGAUGAUCUUCCAAUCACCAUGAAGCUGGUGCUGAAGAACAAGGCCGUUUUCAGGACUGGCCAUCACUGGCAUGCAUCACCUUGAGAGCAAAUAUCGCUGCUGUUUAAUGGGUGGGGGUGUCUCCAACAAUA